AUGUAUAUGGAACUCAAGGCGCAAAGGGCCGAUCUACUAAUUAUAUUAAAGCUGGAGGCAGUGGAAAGUGGGAUAAAAGUGAUUGUUGGUGGAAGCACAGUGUUGAGAGAAAAAAGAAUCCCUCCCUGGAUGGAGGUGGCCCUGAUCCCCAUGACAGGAAAACCAAGUCUAUACCCAGGAUUGUAUCUUUUUACCACUCCUUGUCGACUGGUGUGGCCAGUGCAGAACUUGGAACUAGGCAAAGAAGAACUGAUUGGAACUAUGGAACAGCUCUUCAUGAAUGUUGCCAUCUUCGAGGAUGAGGUUCUGCCCGGAGUCACCACGCACCAGGAGCUCUUCCCUCACAGCCUGCUGAGUGUGAUCGCCAACUUCAUCCCUUUCUCAGAUCACAACCAGAGUCCGAGAAACAUGUACCAGUGCCAGAUGGGUAAGCAGACCAUGGGCUUUCCACUUCUUACUUUUCAAGAUCGAUCAGAUAAUAAACUGUAUCGUCUUCAGACUCCACAGAGCCCUUUAGUAAGACCGUACAUGUAUGAUUAUUAUGACAUGGAUAACUAUCCAAUUGGAACAAAUGCCAUUGUUGCUGUUAUCUCUUACACUGGCUAUGAUAUGGAAGAUGCCAUGAUUGUGAAUAAGGCCUCUUGGGAACGAGGCUUUGCCCAUGGGAGUGUCUACAAGUCUGAAUUCAUAGAUCUGUCUGAAAAAAUUAAACAAGGAGAUGAUAGUCUGGUCUUUGGAGUCAAACCUGGAGACCCACGGGUUCUGCAGAAGUUGGACGAUGAUGGAUUGCCCUUUAUUGGGGCACAGCUGAAGUAUGGAGAUCCAUAUUACAGCUACCUAAACCUCAACACCGGCGAAGGCUUUGUGACGUGCUAUAAGAGUAAAGAAAACUGUGUUGUGGAUAACAUCAAAGUGUGCAGCAAUGAUACCGGAAAUGGCAAGUUCAAGUGUGUGUGCAUCACGAUGCGAGUCCGCCGGAACCGAACAACUGGGGAUAAGUUCGCCAGUCGUCACAGGCAGAAGGGCAUCUUGAGUAGGGUGUGGCCAGUGGAGGACAUGCCAUUCACCGAGAGCGGGAUGGUCCCUGACAUUCUGUUCAACCCCCAUGGUUUUCCAUCCCGCAUGACCAUAGGCAUGCUGAUCGAGAGCAUGGCUGGCAAGUCCACAGCUCUGCAUGGGCUCUACCACGACGCGACCCCCUUCACCUUCUCAGAGGAGAACUCAGCCCUGGAGUACUUUGGCGAGAUGCUGAAGGCCGCUGGCUACAACUACUAUGGCACCAAGAGGUUGUACAGCGGCAUUAGUGGGCUGGAGCUAGAAGCAGACAUCUUCAUAGGCGUGGUAUAUUACCAGCGUUUACGCCACAUGGUCUCCGACAAAUUCCAAGUGAGGACCACAGGAGCCCGAGACAAAGUCACUAACCAGCCUAUAGUGGGGAGAAACGUCCAGGGUGGAAUCCGCUUUGGGGAGAUGGAGCGGGACGCCCUUUUAGCUCAUGGUACAUCUUUUCUCCUCCAUGACCGCCUCUUCAACUGCUCGGAUCGGUCAGUGGCCCACGUAUGUGUGAAGUGUGGCAGUCUGCUCUCCCCGCUGUUGGAGAAGCCGCCCCCAUCGUGGUCCGCCCUGCGCAACAGGAAGUACAACUGUGCCCUGUGUAACCGCAGUGACACCAUCGACACCGUCUCCAUGCCUUACGUCUUUCGGUAUUUAGUAGCUGAACUGGCAGCUAUGAACAUCAAAGUGAAGCUGGACAUCGUUUAACCUGACGCAGGUCUUUUGGGUCAAGACUGCUAUCAGAUUAAAACGAGAUGUCGUUCUGGUGAGGCUAUUAAUAGUUAUUACUCUGGAGUUUUUCAUGGUUCUCAGAGCUCUCAAUCAAGACCUGGCCACUCAGAAGGCAGACUUUCUCAAUUGCUCUAGUAUAACUACUGAAGGUGACUUUCAGUAUGUUUAUUCUUUAAAAAUCAUAUGCUGACAAAUAAAAGGAUAUUCAGGGGAAAGUGUUUAACCCCAGGUUCUCUGCAUCCUGCUUUCAGCAGGCAGUGACUGUCAAACAUCUAUCUGUCCAUGUAGAGCAGAGCAGUUCAAUAUAAACACAGUGUAAGCAUCUAUGUAAUUUUAUAUUUUCUUACAUUAAAAAAUAGAAGGUAGAAAUUUUUAACAGCUUUAUUGAAGUAUAUGUUUACACAAAAAGUGCACAUUUAAUGUAUAUAAUUAAGUGGGUUUGAACAUAAGCACACACCUGUGAAUGAUCACAACAGUCAUGGUAAUAAACAUCACCUCCAAGUUUCAAAAUAAAUAAAUAAAUAA